AUGUCUCCAACGCUUCUCGAUAUAAACAAAGACAUGGCCAUGUCACCACUCUUCCUAGGCGCUUCAGCAUUCCUCCUCCUCGCCUAUGUCAUUCGAACUAUACUUUAUCGACCCCAGAAAUUGGAUUUUCCAACCGUGGGUAGUCCUAAUGAUGCUAAUUUUGCAGCCGCGUUGAUUGAAGGAUCCUCCAAGUACCCCACAACCCCGUUCAUUAUCCCUACCAAUCCUCCAACGCUCAUCAUGCCCCUCGGAACCCACGAAGAAGUGCGCAAUCUCCCCGAAGACAAAGUAUCGUUUUCUCAGGAAGUCACCCGCAUGUUCCAUGGAAAAUACACCGGUAUCGGGAACGACUCUCCAGCCAUCAUCAAAACUGUCAAGACGGAUUUGACACGCCACGUAGCAUCUACUGUCGAUGCUCUCCAAGACGAGAUGCGUUAUGCGCUAGACAAAGAAUUCGGCACGUGCGAAGAUUGGACCAAAGUGGUUUUGUAUGAGAAAUUACUCAAAGUGGUGGCAUUAUUGAGCGGGAGAGUUUUUGUAGGAAGACCACUGAGUAGAAGUGAAGCGUGGGUUAAGAGUAGUAUUCAAUUUACGAUGGAUUGUGUGAUGGCGAGCGAAAGUGUAGACAAAUAUCCGGCGUGGGUGAGAUAUUUUGCGGUGUCGUUUUUACCCGAGAUUAGGAGGGUGACACAACAUAAAGCUGAAGCGGCAGAUUUGUUGAGACCGGUUAUUGAGGGGUGUAUUAGGCGAUUUAAGGAGGGCAAGGGAGCUGAAAGUCAAGGGGGUGAUGAAUUUGAUGAUGAACAGGGGACUUUUGUGAGUUGGAUCAUGAAAUGGACGGAUGAGAAAAACCGGGAAAAUCCUUUUGUUUUGGCGGAAAAUCAGUUGAACUUAUCGUUCGCAGCAAUCCACACAACAACCAUGGCAACCGCUCACAUGUUAUUCGAUCUCGCCUCCCACCCUGAAUUUAUCGAGCCUCUCCGCGAAGAAAUCGAACAGGUAAUUGCAGAAGAUGGAUAUGAUGUUGACGGCAGCGGGAUGAAGAAUAUAAAGAAACAAUCAUUCCCCAAAUUCAAGAAAUUGGAUAGUUUUUUGAAGGAAAGUCAGAGGUUUAAUCCUCCGGCUUUGACAUCCCGGAACUGGACCCCCCCAAGCACAUUCUCCCCUUUCCGCUACGCAUCACUCCGCACCGCUCCCGGCAACGAAUCCAAAUACCAAUUUGUGACAACGAGCAAAGAGAGCAUGAAUUUUGGACAUGGCAACCAUGCGUGUCCGGGACGGUUCUUUGCAGGCACGGAGAUUAAGGUGGUGAUGGUGGAGCUGUUGCGGAGGUGGGAUGUCAGGUUGAUAGGGGAUGAGCAGGGCGUGGGUGGGGAGAGACCGGGGAAUUCGGUUUAUGACACUACGAUUAGUCCGAAUCCGUUUGCGGAGUUGGAGUUUAGGAGGAGGAGAGUGUAG